CCUCCCUCUCUCUCCCUCCACCUUACUCCCUCUCUCACUUUCCUACCCGUCUCUUUCCCUCCCCCUACCCUACCCUUCGAUAGGGAGAAAGCGGACAAUUACACACCGUCCUAUACUCUGACCCGACAUCUCGACAUUGCUCCCUAAUUUUUGAUCCUCACCCGCCCCUCCUCGAACCUUCACCACUCUGGACGCUGUAUACUACCCCUUUGCAUUAAUCCCGCUCAUAUCCUCUGACAAAAGGGGAUUUGUGUCUUCACAUAUUUGACACAAUACAUUCUUACUUCACCUGCCACCCUCAAAGAGCUCAGCUUCCGGGUCCGACCAGGAACGCCACCCCUUCCACGCGACGCAUUCACCUUUAUCCCUUGCGCCUUCGCCGUGUUUCUUCCGGCCGCAAAUCUCGCACUGUCAAAUCAACCGCCGCGUGAUCCGAGGUGGGAAGUCAGAUUGCUGAUAUUUGUCUCGGCUUGGCCAGAUGGUGGUUCGACUCCCAGACAGCGCCGCCCCGAUCUGAUCUGCUCUGCACGCUGCGGUGCCUCCCGUACUAUUUCUUUUCGACGCUGCCGACCAAGGUAACGGCUUUCAACAACUCCGGUUCCUACAAACCAGAUCGCAGCGUCUGCGGGUUGCCUAGUCUCUGGACGCCACUUUUUCUGUUAGUGUUCGCCAAUCACUGCGCUGACCCAGCGCUCUCUUGGCCGACCCAGAGAAGGACCGAAGAUUCCCUGUGUCCGACAAAGGUUGCGCAUUUCGUCCGAUAUACCCACCACCCCAGACAUAUUGUGUCGGAACCAGUGGCACCGUUUACUUCUCUAAUUUUCUGACUUUAUCUUAAUUUGAUUGGCAUUCGUGCUGUCAGUCAGUGGGUCGGCUAUUCGUCACUCUUGCAUUGUUUCAGGGUUACUCUUCUGCUACGACAACUUUCGAAAUCCUCUUGGAGAUUUGUAGCUCAACACCUGGUUUUUGUGAUACUUGAACCUGUGUAAACGAAGCUGAGCGUCGUUCGUCGCUUGGAACCUUCCGAUUGCCUGCGCUAUGGGAUCACUAGAGGCUGGACAUAGGCAUAGGGAUCAUCUCCCCGCUAUUGGUUUUAUAGGCUCCAGAGGUCCCACCACAUCUCCUGCUCCUCUCGUUAGUCCGACGACGAUGUACCCGAAUAACCCUCUUCCUUAUUCAUACUCGACGACUCCCGCCAACGUUGGGCCUGGGUAUGCUUCGCCGCCGGAGCCCCGGCGCGCGGAGGAUGAAAAAGAAAAGGCACCACGACAGUCGCUCCCAUCUAUACACGAGGCGUUAGGGAAUGAUAAUCCACUACCAUAUCCACCUGCUCCAACAUCAGCAGCUCCUCAACAGCCAAACAGUGCGCCGCCUCCGCAUCACCUCCCGAACUUUGGACGCUCGAGUGCGGAGGGGCCGUCAGGUCCUCCUAACCCGUUCUCCAAUGGAAGCUCCUUCCUCAGGGAGUCAUCAUCAUCUCACCAGCCACAAUUACAGGCGGAACCAUCACGUUCAAGUUUAGCGUCACUGAAUACAACAGAUUCCAGGAACGCUUCACUUCAGUCAAUUAGCUCGGGCAAAUCGCCGACGCAAAGUGCAAGCACUGUUAUGACCUCUGUGUCUGGCUCGCAAACAGGGACAGGUUACGACUACAAUGCUCCUCCGUCAGCGGGCAGUGUUGCGUCGCCAAAUGGAUACAGCGGAUUUUCACAGCCCUUUCCGUUCCAGUCACAGCCCCCACCAGGAGCACCAGUGUAUCCGGCCGCAUCGUACGACUCACGGCCUUACGAAAUGAAGGGUGGGGUUACAGGUUCCUUCGGGCACCAGGGGGAUUCUGCGAAGCGCCAUCUCGAUGUGUAUGACAUUGAAUCGUCUCUGACUGAGAUGGUCGACUUGAACACUCGGGCGCUAGACUUCUCACGGCAUUAUGCAAACAGAGCACACCAGUCUCGCUCCGGUGCUGUAGUCGGAUCAGCUCUGCCCUCGCUCCAUGAGGUGGAAGAGAUGCUCAACAUCCAACGACGGAACCACGACGCUCUGAUGCGCAUAAGAGCCGUGGUUUUCAGCCAGGAACAUGCCAUGGCCGAGCAAGUGGCACAGCGAAAAGCCUUCAAAUUUGGGGGAGCCCACGAUGACGACCACCGUAUGGCAAUGUACCAGGAGGAAUUCAAGAGCAGCGGCGGGUUCGGCCCCGACUCGAAGAAACGACGUGGUAAAGCUGCCCCUCCUGGUCGAUGCCAUAGUUGCAACCGUGCCGAAACGCCAGAAUGGCGCCGCGGCCCCGAUGGCGCGCGGACUCUGUGCAAUGCAUGCGGCUUACACUACGCGAAAUUGACUCGCAAAAUGGGCGCCAAACAGGCGGCAGGGUUGGGGUCGAACCUCAAACCCAAGACACUCGACUCGGUGUCACCGAGGAGUCAUUAACACGCUAGCAUUAUAUAAUUACGAGGCGUUAGAAAAGGGAGUUGGGAUUAGAAGUGUUUGGGCGUUUUGAGAGCUGAUUGUGAAGCUCUAUUGUUUUCAUCGGAUGGGAAUGGCAUGCAAGCUCAUGUUUUCCGUUUGGCUGUUGACUGUGAAAUUACUGCGUAAUACCCCUUGAUGUUGUGGGCAAAGGCAUCCUGAAUAUAGACUUUGUUUCUAUAAUCAUGUAUGCG